GCGUGCAUUAUCCACCAUUAACACUCCACAGCCAAAAGCUGAACCUUCUACAGAACAGAUGACUGUUAAAGAUAGAGCACGACCUUUAACCCCGAAGUCAUCAACACCAGUUGUAUGUCAUAAAGUUAAGGGUUUAAGUAAUCUAGGUAAUACAUGUUUUUUUAAUGCUGUCAUGCAGAAUUUAAGUCAAUCUUAUAGUUUAGAAUCACUGUUACUAGAGAAAACAGAGAAAGGACGUCCAUUAAGACUACCUGGUCAUACUAUAGUUGAUAUAGAAAGCGGUGGUUCCAGUGACGAGGAACCUGAUGAUGAUGCUGCUACCAAAGAUUUAUCUAGUAUAGAAGUUAUACCAGGUGAAGUUGGACCAUUAACUCAGUCGUUAGUAGGAUUUUUAGUGGAAAUGAAUAAAGGUGUUAGUAAAGGUAGUAGCAGUAAUACGGUAAACCCAUCAGCUUUAUUUGGACAGAUCUGUAAAAAGGCUCCACGAUUUAAAGGAUUCCAGCAACAAGAUAGUCAUGAAUUAUUACGUUAUUUAUUAGAUGUUAUUCGAACCGAAGAAAUAAAGAGGUGUCAAACAGGAAUUUUAAAGCAUUUUAAUGUAAAUCCCAAAUCUAUAGAUGAAGAGACAAAGAUGAAAGUGAAAGAAUAUGGUCGUCAAGGUAAACAUACAUUUAUAGAUAGUUUAUUUGGAGGUCAAUUAGUUAGUACAGUCAUGUGUGAAGAAUGUAAACAUGUAUCUCAGAUAUUUGAACCAUUCCUUGACUUAUCUCUACCUGUUACGGAAGAAAAGCCGUUAAGACCUAAUAUGGUAGUGAGUGGAAAGAAGAAAUCUGUAGAUGAAGUAGAUGAAUCACACAUUGUAAAAAGUUCUGAAGGUCUGGCUUCUAAAGAUAACCAUAGUAAACAUCCAUCAAAAAAAGACAAAAGAUUAUCAAAAAAAGAACAGAGGCGUAAAGAGAAAUAUGCACGCAGAGCUAAUAAGCAAGAAGAUCCUAUAUUUAGUGAUGGAGUGAAGGAGGAUGAAGAAGGUGAUGAAGUGAAAGAAGAACGAAUAACAGAAGAAAGAAGAGUAUCAGUUGAUGGAGAAAAGGAUGAUAAAGAAGAUCAUGAUCCUUCAGAUGCUGAUGUAGAAGACAAUUUAGAAAGUGACGCAUCAAAACUUUUCGGAGGUGCCUCAGUCAAUAAUAGUAUAUUAGAAGCGCCAUCUAUAGCUAACGAUUUAUCUAUCCCACCUGUAGCUAAUACAAAUAAUUUAAUAACUUUAAACAAUACUAAUCCAGAACUUCAAAAUACUCCUAAAAUUGAAGGUGCACAAUUUAUAAACAUUAAUGGCGAUUGUAAGGACAAUGAAGAUGGAAGUACUGUUGAUGCGGACAGUAGUUCAAUGACCUUAGUUGAAAACGAUAGUUCCACUUUGUUUACGAGUACGGAGGGUUCGUUGACGGCUAGUAGUAUCGGUAGCUCUCAUAAAAAAAGUACAGACAGUUCACGAUCGAGUACCUGUGAUAUAAAGUAUGACCAAGAUAUGUUGGACGGUAAUUGUAUGAGAAAAGGGCUGUCGGAAUCUCUUAAUGAAUUACAUCUAGAAGACUCUCGUACUCGCCUUGGAACCAAUGGCACUGAUCUAGUGGAGAAUCUAACCAAAAAGUUGAAUUAUUUAAAUUUGGAUGUGUCCGGUUCAACUGCCGGAGGAUUAAUAGAUAAUGCUGAUAUUCCAUACAUCGACUCUGUGGAAUCGCAGGAAUCCGCAGAGUUGUCUAGUCUGCCUUCAUUACCUGUCGUUAAUCAAUCACGCGAUCUUCCGCCAUCUUUAGAUUGCAAUGGCAUCCCUGAUCCUAAUUCACCAAAUCAUCGGAAGUUACGCCAGGCGCUGCGGAAGGAAGCUCAGUAUAAAUCCAUGUCUACGUUAUCUCCACGAUAUCAGUCGUCGGGAAAGGAGUGCUCCAUCCUGUCUUGUUUACAUCAAUUCACCUCCGCGGAACUGCUGACCGGUAGUAAUAAAGUUAGCUGUGAGCGAUGUACGAAAAUCAAGAAUAAUAAAACAGCCAUAAAUAAAGAUAAGAAGAAAAGUGAGACCGUCUGUUCGAAUGCUAGUAAACAAUAUUUAAUAUUUCAACCACCUGCUGUUUUAACUCUUCAUUUAAAAAGAUUUGAACAGGUUGGUUUUGCAUCCAGAAAAGUAAAUCGUCAUGUAGAUUUUCCAUUAGUUCUUGACCUAGCUCCAUAUUGUAGUUCUUUAUGUCAGGGUAUUCAACCAGGUCAAAGAAAAGUUCUUUAUUCCUUAUAUGGUGUUGUUGAACACAGUGGACGUCUAUCUGGUGGCCAUUACACAGCAUUUGUCAAAGUCCGACCUAAUCUGAAUGCAGUAGUAAGUUACAUACAACCACACUAUUCAUUUCCCAAAGAGUAUAUCCAUAGAUACGUCGAACGAUCCAUCAACGGUCCAAAAUCUCCGGAAACCGACAUCAGUGAGAAGGCAAUCGAGAGUUUGAUUCCUCCAGGAAAAUGGUACCAUAUCAGUGACAGUCACGUCCAUGAAGUUCCAGAAUCCUCCGUUCUUCACGCACAAGCUUACCUUUUAUUUUACGAGAGAAUUCUUUAAAGAUAAUUAGUCUUAGUGAAAAGUAGGACGUCAAUCAAUUACCCACCCCCCUACAUUUCAUUUUGUCUUAAGCGGC